AUGGCUGUCAUGCUUAAUUUUCUGGUCUGUGGUAUAGUUGUGACUGGCAUAGGUGUCUUAUUGCCCGAGAUUGGCGACUUCUACGGUCUCAAGGUUGGCACGACAUCACUGAUCUUCCCUACCGGGGUUUUCGGCUAUGUCUGUUCCACAGUCAUAGUCGAGCUCAUCCAUGGCCGUCUCGGCCUCAGAGGGAUUGCAUAUCUAUCCCCGGUGGUCCGCCUUCUCGCAAUGGCUGUCCUGGCGACAGGUCCGUCCUUCACCAUUGCCCUGGCGGGAUAUUUCCUUAUGGGGUUCGGCAUCGGACUCUCAGACGCAGGGUUUUCUGCGUGGGCAGCCAACGCACCCUAUGCUAGCAUUGUUCAGGGCUUUAUGCAUGGCUCGUACUCGCUGGGGUCUAUUCUGGGUCCUUUGGUGGCGGACAUGAUGUUGAAGAGGAGCUUUAAAUGGUACGAGUUCUACAGCACAACGGGCAUCCUACUGGUUGUGGAACUCCUUGUGCUCGCAUUGGCGUUCCGUUUCGACAAUGCAGACAGAUACACCGCGAAUCAUGGCGAGUCGGAUGAGCCACACAACUGCAAUGCACUCCAGCAUCGGGCUACGUGGAUAUGUGGCGCCUUCUGCUUCUUCUACGUCGGCCUUGAAGGUUGCUUCACCGACUGGAUUGCCGUCUUCAUGCAGCGCGCCCGCCAUGCAGAACCAACCACCUCGUCUCUUGCCACGUCCAUGUUUUGGAUCGGGAUGACGUCCGGUCGCUUCACGCUGGGUCCGCUCACUCAGUACAUCGGCGUGAGGACGGCGGUUGCAGGCUAUAUAGGAUCGUUGAUGGUCCUGCAGGUGCUGUUCACAGUCGUGACAAGUGUCACUGCUUCUCUGCUCCUGCUGGUUGGUAGCGGUCUGUUUUGUGGUCCGAUAUUCCCCUCUGGGUUAUUGCUGCUGUCUUCCAAGCUCCCCCAACGUGCCCAGGUUGGCGCCGUCGCAGCGGUGUCGGCACUGGGCCAAGUCGGGGCGGGACUUGCGCCUUUCGCCGUCGGGCUGAUGGCAGACAGCUUCGGCAUCAAGUACCUGCUCAAUGUCAUCUUUGCUCUUGCAGUCGGUGCGCUGUUUGUCUGGGUGGCAUUUGCAAAACUGCCAAAGGCCACUUCAGAGCUUCGUCAGCGCUCUCCAGCUGAAGUAAAGCGGACGGUCACGGUCGUAUAA